AUGGCUAAACAGAAGAUGAGUUUGAUACGAAGGAAGUUGCUGGUGGCCAGUUUUUAUUCUAUAUGGAUUAUAUUGAUAGGUUCUGCCCAUGUGUGGCCAGUUUUAAAAGCCGCCGUGCUCUCACCCUUAAGUUUACUGGCGUGCUUUAUUACUUUAGGGAUUAUUACUUCGGACUAUUUAACACCAAAUUUAGCCGUAAUAUCACAAGAAAUAUUAUUCAUUUCAGAUAGAGUAUCGGGAAUGACGUUAAUGGCAUUAGGAAAUGCUCUACCGGACAUUACUAGUACGUACAAAGCAAUGAAAAGAGACGCUACGACACUUGCUAUUGGAGAAUCAUUCGGGGCCAUUUUCUUCUUAUUAACAGUCGUUAUAGGGUCUAUGCUGAUGGUACGAAAUAUUCAGUUGUCAAAGCGCUCUGAAUAUACACAAGGCAAUUUUGAGCUUGAUCCUGAUAACAUAGAUGCGUGGGACACAAUCUACUACAAUAGAAAUCAGUUUCUGCGAGACCUUUUUAUGUUUGCAUUUUUGAUAAUCAUGAAUAUCUCCUUCUUGAGAGAUGGACAAAUUGCCUUUUGGGAGUGUUUGGUUAUGUGCAUCAGCUACUGCCUGUAUGCAGCGUACCUUAUUGUUUCCAUCCAAAGACCCGAUGUUUCUAAUCGUGACGAAAACGUACCGAAUAUCACUGUAACUGGUCCGCAAAUACAUGAGGAGGAUAAUAUGGAAAGAUUCUUGAAAACUGUUCAAGACCGCCGAAAUUAUCUAAGAAAGAAGAUCAGAAUGUAUUUAAGGAGAAGGUAUAAAGGAUGUGCUAAUUUGAAACUUAAUGAUACACUUGAUUUAUGGGAAAAUAGUACUAUUUUUGAGCAUGAAGUCGAUCAAGCUUUAAGUAGAGCAACAUCUCCAAUAGCAAGACCCCUGGCCCGUUCUAAUUCAGAAACAAAUUUUCAGCACUUACAGAGUAUACCUCAGUUAUCUCUCAACGGACAUGCUGCUGCAAUGUGUACAAAUGGGGGAACUUCAAUAAAGGAUCCUAACGAAUCUAAAUCUGACAAUUCUUUCUCAAUAGUGGCACCAAAACCUAUAAACACAAGCCGCCAGAUGGAUUUAGAGUCACAGUCCAUUGACAGUGAUGACAAUUUCUUACAACCAGGGAGAAUGGAAGCUUUUAGAUCCAUCAGUGUAGAUAAUUUAAGAAUGCUUUCCGAACAGUCUAGUAUGUUAGAUGAAAUAAGUGAAUUGGACUUUGAACUUAAUCAUGGUAUUUCAGCUGAGCCGGAAGAUCGCUGGGACUCCAAGUUAAGAAUAGUGAAAUAUCUUACAGAUGGGGGAUUCACCACUUCAACAUUUGAGCUUUUAGUCAUCCUAGUAACCACACCGAUUAUAUUCCUUCUGACGUUUAUUAUACCAUUGCAUUAUCCCUCACAAUCUGGAAACCAGUUCUUCAGAAUUGCCUACUACACUCAAUGUGCCUUUUCACCAUUUAUCUCCUAUUUGUUGGUACAGCGUGAGUUUAACUUGUGGCUUUUUGGACUGGGGAUGCUUGCUGGCGCGAUUUUGGUUUCAUUUUACAUGGCAGGAAAACUUCACAUUAAGGCCAAAUAUAUAUCCAUAUUCGGUUUCAUUCUUUCUCUAUCAUCUAUCUCCUUUAUUGUAGGAACAGUCAUAGAUAUUUUAACUAACUGGGUUGAGAUAUUUGAUGUAUCGGAAGCAAUAUUAGGACUUACCGUCUUUGCAUGGGGUAACUCUAUUGGUGAUUUAGUUUCCAAUAUAGCUUUCACCAAAAUUGGUGUUCUUGAGAUUGCAUUAGGUUCGUGUUUCGGAAGUCCUUUAUUGUACUUCCUCUUUGGAGUUGGUAUAGAUGGACUGUUAGUUAUUCUUCAACGAAAUGAUUCAUCGGAAAUCAAAAUAUGGAAUCGAUACAUAGAGUUUGAAGUUAAUGACAGACUCAUUGUAAGCUGUAUUGGAAUUGUAUUGGCAUUCGGAAUUUUCAUUUUUAUCGUUCCUUUAAACCGUUGGAAACUUGAUAAGAAAAUCGGAGGACUGUUACUCUUGCUCUAUGUGUCUGUAACGGGAAUAAAUAUCAAGUUAGAGCUCACCAUGUAA